ACAGUGUGCCAUCUUCUCUUCAUUUGCAGGCAGUGGACAAAUGCAAGAGAUCACCCCUUCUUUGCGCAGCAGUGGCAACGGUCUCUAUGCACCCGGCUCAGGAACUGGUGACCUUUGACAGGAAGUGGAGGAAUGGGCCUUGCUAGAUCUAUGCCAAAGAGAUCUAUAUUGAGAAGUCAUGCUGGAGAAUUAUGAGAUGGUGGCUUCGCUGGAGGAGCAUCUGAGUCCCAAACCUGACUGCACCUCCCGGCUGAAAGAAGGCCUCUUUGCCCAGGGGUCCACAGAAGACGACAGAUGGAUAGAUGAUGGGACGGUGAUAAAGAUCAAGGUAGAGGAUAUAGAGCAGGAAGUUCCUGUGUCAGAAGAAGAGCACCAAUCCCUACCAAGAAGGCAGCAAGAGAGUAUUUUGUCCCAAACAUCUGGCCACGAGAUUGUCCAAAUGAGAGGGCAGCCAAGUAGAAGACACAGGAAUUACUUUUUCAACCCUGAGUGGGAAGAAAGGUUCUGUUUUGUGGAACUGAAAGGCAAGUCUAUGUGUUUGCUGUGCUCUUCUACAGUGGCAAUCCCAAAGAAAUACAAUGUCCAGAGACACUUUGAGACACAUCACAGUGCUUUUUCCAGUUGCUUCCCACUCGGUUCUGAGCUUCGGAAAAAGAAGUUAGAGGAACUGAAAUCUACGCUGGCACCACAACAGCCACAGUUCACCCGGCCUGCGGCACCAUGCAAGAAUACCACCAUUGCCUCUUUCAAAAUUGCAAGCUUACUGGCUAAAAGGAAAAAACCAUUUGAGGAUGGGGAGUUGAUCAAGCAGACCUUUUUGGAUGCCGGUGACUGUAUUUUUGACGGUUUUUCCAAUAAGAAGGAAAUCAUGUCUGCCAUUCAAAAGCUGCAGCUGUCCGGGAACACAGUGACGAGGCGAAUUAAGGCGAUUUCCAGUGACUUGGAGCAUCAGUUGCAAAGCGAUAUGCAGAAAUGCAUUUGGUUCUCCCUUCAGCUGGAUGAAGCUGUGGAUGUAACUGACUCUUCCAAGCUGGCGGUCAUGGCGAGGAUGGUAUUUAGCGAUCUUUCAGUGAAAGAAGAGCUGCUCAAAAUACUACUUCUGAAAGGGCAAACGAAAGGAGAGGAUAUAUUUCAGGCGUUCAAAAGCUAUGCUAUGGAGAUCAGUCUGCCUCUUCACAAACUGGCGUCCAUCAGCACUGACGGGGAACCCGCAAUGGCGGACCCCCUCAAUGGGUUCAUCGCCCAAUGUGGGAAAGAUGAAUCUUUCCCGAAAUUUCUUUCUUAUCACUGCAUCAUUCACGAGGAAGCCGUGUGUGUGGAAGUACUCCAGUUUAAACAUGUUGUGGAUACGGUUAUAAAAACGAUCGACUCUAUCCAGGCCGCCUCCUCACGACAGAGGCUUUUAAAGGCACUUUUGGAGGAUGUUGAAACAGAGAGCAGCGAUCUCACUUUGCGUGCUGAAGUGAAAUGGCUGCAUCCGGGAAAGGUUCUGCCCAGCUUUUUGAACCUUAUUGAAGAAAUAAGAGAGUUCUUGAAAUCCAGAAAUCAGUAUGUUGAGCAACUAGAUAAUAAGCUUUGGUUAGUGGACUUGGCUUUCCUGGCUGAUCUGAUGGAGAAACUAAACAGUUUGAAGGCUGAGUUUCAGGGGAGAAGCAGCCACAUCGCUGACAUGAUGGCUUCAGUCAAUUCCUUCCAGGGUAAACUGAGGUUGUGGAAGCUGCAUUUUAAGAGGAAGUCACUUCUUCACUUCCCUUCAAUGCAGCGGGUUGGUGGUGAGUCUGAGUUUGACUUCCAGACAUUUGUGGGCCACCUUGAAACUCUGGAGGAACAUUUCCUUGCUAGAUUUCAUCAGUUCACUGGUAUUGAACCAGCUGUGGCAUUUUUCAUAAACCCAUUUGGCCCAGUCAAUAUCACGGAAACAGCCACCUCCAUUGCGGACAUUGCUCAGGCAAGCAUAAAAGAAAUAGAGCUAGAGAUGGUGGGACUUCAGAAUAACUUUGUUGUAAAAUCAAAUUAUGGCGAUGGCCACUUUUGGGAUCGGGUUGACCCCCAAAAGUUUCCUUUGUUGAAAAGGACCGCUGCAAAGAUACAAUCUUAUUUUGGAUCCACUUGUCUACGAGAGUCCCUCUUCUCGACCAUGAAAUCGAUCAAAUUGAAAAACAGAACCCGGCUGACUGGUGACCAUCUCGACGGCUAUUUGCGAACUGGGACCUCCUCAUACACCCCAGACUACGACAAGCUUGCAAAUGACAUGCACUGUCAAGCAUCCCACUAGUCUAGUGCGUUGUGUGUUCAUGUGGGGAACCACGCAAACUUCUGUGACUGGCCUUGGCCCCUGGGGGAAGCCAUUUUGUGGUGAUGCCCCCUACUUUUCCUUAAAAUUCCAGAAGUGCCCACAAGCUCACCAAGAUUGCGGACUCCCUUUGCAAUCCACGCUGGCUUUCCUAGUGUUAGCAUUUCUGCAGAGUUGGUUCCUGCAUUACACAUUUUGCCCUGACGUGUCUGCCUGUGGUUUCCAGGAUGGGCAUGUUACAUUUUCCACCUUGGCCCCCACUGGAGUUCUCACAUUUCCCAGUCGGUGGUAGUAGCAGGAGAAACAAUCGCAGUAUUACCCCUCCAGAACAUUUAAUCCCACAUCCUUGUGCCGAGACGCCUACAAGCAGUAUGUGACCUUCCCAUGCUCUUCUCUAUCUGAUUAUAGGUAGAGAAUGUCAUUAUAAUGGGGAUUCCAGCCUUAGCUGUCACAGGUAAUAGCUUCUGUGGUGGAGAGGUGUCUCUGAAUCUUUCUCACUGUUGAUAAAUUCAUAAAGGCAUAGGACUGUGCUGCUAGAAUUGGGGGAUAAACAAAUGGAGAGGAACUAUGGCAAUUCAGGAAAAACAAACCUACAUCAAGUGGGAAAAGGCCACUGGCAAGCAGAUCAGUGGCAGCCAAGCUCUUUAGCCUGUGGCAGGAGUCAGUCUGUCCUUGGUUAAGAGGGUUGGGGGCUGGACAUGUUGACCAUGAAGGCAAUGCUACUUCCUGUAGUCUGUGAAGGACUGAGCACCAUUGAGGAACCCUCCCCAUGCUAAAUAAUAGAGGCUGAUUUACGAGGAGUCUUGACCCGAACACUGAGUGAUACAAAAGGUAUAGCAAACAGUCUUGGGCUCUUGGGAGCUAUGGAUUAAUUUUUCUUAUAACAACUCCCUAGUUGUUUUGUAAUGGAAUGGUGGUGUUGGAAAGAUGUCAAGUCAUAGGUGACUUAUGGUGACCCCAUAGGGUUUUCAAGGCAAGAAAUGGUCAGAGAUGUUUGCCAUUGCCUGCCUCUGCAUAGAAACCCUGGACUUCCUUGGUGGCCUUCCAUCCACUUUCUAACCAGGGCCAGCUCUGCUUAUGAUCUAAUGAGAUCGGGGUAGCCAGGGCCAUCUUGGUCAGGGUGUCAUGAAAUACAGCUUGAGAAUGAUUGCUUUCACUUAAUGACCUCCUCGUAUUCUGUCUUAUGAUUUUAAGGCAGCUUUAGUUACUGUUGGGGGUCCCCCCGCCAGGAUCUGUUGCUUCAGACAUGAGUAAAAAAAUAAAAACCUUUUUUUUUGUACUCUGGCAUUUUCUGACACAGUUGAAUAUAUUCUCAGAUC